AUGGACAUCGAUACUGCGUCUAUGGCUGUCACGAACAUGUCUAAUGCCAUCUGUUCCUCCGCCCACCGCCUGGACAAAGAUAUGAACGACCUCAAGAGAGAGUUGAACCUCCCGCCGAACUAUACGGAGUGGGCGACGGCCGUAGGUCAAAGAUUGUUUGCCCGCAACGAAGCUUUCCACGUUCGCGCGCGGAACGAACUCAACAUCUAUCGCGACUCCCUCCUGCGACUAUACCCUCUUUCCGGAGUGGAUCUACUCGAAGAUCUGUCAACUGCGAUAGAAGGAACGCGCCAGUCCUUAUCAACUGCUCGCGACCUCUGGUAUCGCUUUGCGUUCUUGUUUGAAGGGUGCUUCAUCGAUUUGAGUGAGGGCGUCCGCAAGGAGCUAGACUCUGCGCGGGAGGGGUUAGAGGCUGUGAUCCUUGGUCUGUCUAGUGCGCUGUCGGCAAUCGAGAUCAGCGCAGCGGCGCGACAGGACUGCUUCGAGUCCCUCAUGACGCAGGUACGCGGAUUUUCGUCAUGCUUGGAGCAGCUGGAAGAACGAUCGACUUGGCGGGUGGAAUCCUUCACGGACGAGCUUGCUCCAUAUUUCGAGAAUCUCGGGCAGCUUUUUUGUGCUCGCCCAUCUGUCAGGACACAAUGCUCGAGGCUUUGCGAACAACAAGUGACGGCCUGGUACGAGCGCGAGGAGCGUCGCCUGUCCGCCUCUGAGUUCCUCGUAGAGCUGGAACGUUACUGCGAGUACUCCCGUAUUGUGAGCGACCAUCAGACCCUUCAACCAUACAAUACCAGGGCCAUCACGACCUUCAUCGCCAAGACCGCUCGCACGUCCUCGCUAAUAGAGACCGUCGGGGGCGAGGAGAAGCCGCUUCACUACUUCGUCAAAGGCUAUGAACGGUACGAUAGGCUUCGUGUCAGCUGUAUGGAUCUCACCGCUGACUGCUCCGACACCGCCCGGGUGAUACUCGAGAACAUUGCGCUGCUAGAAGCAGACCGCGCCUUUCCCUGA